AUGUCGUGGGAAAAGGUGUCAGAGUCAGGCGUGCGCUGGGAGCGUCCCAUGGAUGGCAUUGAGGGCUACUUUACCUUCAUGGCAAGCCUCACGGCCGGCCUAUGCGAAGGACGCGAGCACUACACGCUCUGCUCCGUGCUCAAGCUGGAAACGGGGCCUGGCGAUAUCACGCCCGCCCUCAAGCAAGCCUGGAAGCAGGUGCGCUACGAGCAGCCUCAGAUCGCCACCACUGUCGACGGCAUGAAGAAAGUCUACGAGGUCCCAGACGAGAGAGCUCUAGAAGAGUGGCUGUCCUCGACUUUCAUCGUCUCUUCGGCUUCCAGCUUCGACGAGCUCUACCCCUCCGUGAAGCCCAUCAAGCAGGCCACCCUGUACUAUCUACCAAAGUCCUCGGAGAUAGCGCUGCGCGCCCACCACCACGUGAUCGAUGGCAUCGGCAUGUUACUCUUCUGGCACACCUAUUUGGAGGCCCUCAAGUCCCCUGCCAAAGAAAUCAAGUUCGGCGACGAGACAGCCCGGCUUGCGCCCGUAAUGGAGGAGGUCCUUCCCAAAGACGAGCAUCCCUCGGAGGAGCUGGACAAGGCGAGAGCCAAAGAAGCCUACGAGCGUUUCAUGGGCUGGGCCGGCAGCAUUCCCGGCAUCGGGCCUGUCUCCCAGGUUGGCGCCGUUCCCUCGGGCGCAUGCCAAAACACCGAGCUGGUAUUUGCCGCGGAUACGACCAGCUCGCUGAUCGCUGCUUGUAAAGCAAAAGGCUUCACAGUGGGUGCCGCCGUCCACGCUGCGUACAUCAAGGCCAUCGAAAAACACGCGGACCCCAACUCCAAACUUGCGGAAUACGUGACCGCGACCCAGUUCAACCUCCGCCCAUACCUGAAAGAGCCGUUCAGCUCCAGCAAGUAUGCGGCGUCGGUCUACUACACGCCUUUGCCCUACAAACACGCCCUCCCGGCUUCGUACUCGGACCUCGCCAAUUCCUUGACCGAGUACUACAAGACCUCAUUCAAGGGCAAGCCCGAGAUGUUGAAGAUCAAAGGCCACUUCACGCAGGUCCUGUGCGGCGCCGUUCAGACUGACGAGUUCAAAGCCGGCCCCGUGCCCAAGGAUGCACUGGUGAGCAGUCUUGGCCUCGUGGAGCAGUACGUCGGACGCGAGUACGGCAGCGAGAUCAAGGUCAAGGACCUCAAGGUCGGUGUUGAUGUUGUCGCGGGCAUGAGCUUCCUGUUCUUCUACACGUUCCAGGAUAAACUGAGACUUGUCUACGGCUUCAACGAUGGCUUUGAGAAGCCGGAGGAUAUCCAGACGUAUCUAAAUGAGACGAAGACCAUUCUGGAGAAAGAGCUGCUGGGACAGGAGACCGGCUAG